AUGCAAUUUCAAUCCCAGAGACAGCCCUCGCCAACGCUGACCAAAGUGGUCGCGUUUUUGGGAAUGCUCCUUGGUGUCGUCAUCAUCACAGCCACGCUUCACUUCCACAAUUCUCAAGGUCUAAAAAUUCAAGAAAAGAUCACUGAAUACAAUAGUAUGGUCGAAAACGUUCCACACAAGAAACUGAUCCUUACUGCCGAGCAAAUACGGAACCUGAUCAAUUCUUUCUACAUCUUCUGUAUCUACAUGAUCAAGUACAUGAGCUGCAUCAGGCAUCUCGGCGAAGGCUACUGCGAAGAAUACAUGAGCGAGGGCAUGAUGUCCGAUCAAGUCGCCGUGGUCGCCGAUAUUGGGGAGAAAUUUAUCUACGAGGUUUGGCUACUGUUGAGAAUCGUCAAUCUUGAAUACAUACAGAGCUGGGAGAAGGAAUAUCUAUGCUGUGGCUGGGACAAUGUCUUUGAUCACUGCAACGUGAAAUUCAAGCUUUCGUUGAUUUACCGCUGGGUGGUUCUCGAUGAACACCAGGACUAUAUAAAAGCGAACAUUCACAACUUUCCCGACGAUGGAGAUUCAACAGACGUUUCAAGCAACUACUACGACUACUCAAAUGAUACAUCUAGCUAUUACGACGACGACAGGUCAUACAACUCGUUUGAAUCGACAUUCACGUCUCCUUACAAACCCGACUCGACGUGCAGUAUUUUUCACAGCGCCAACGAACCAGAGAUAUUUUACUCGCCUUGUUAUGAUGACGACGAGGGAAAUAUCGUAAACGUAAUGGAUGUCUGCCCGAAUGAUCCACCCAUGAAAAAUUGUGCUCUGGACGGAUGCAAGAAGUUCUUUACGACAAGCAUCUAUCAGGGAAUCCUGGACGACAAAUUCUACCCGUACAUUUACGCGCUGACGAUCGCCUUCUCAGUGCUCUUCGCCGCUCUUAUCAUCGCUUUCGGCCAAGAAGCGACAUUAACUCUCAAGAAAAAGAAAAGAAAGCGAAAAGAACUUCGGCGAGGAAAGGAGGAAAGACUCCCACUGCGCGAAAAUCGCCGCUAA